GAGAGGGCAGAACCACUGUGGAUCACGUCGCCCUCACCUCCCUCAGUCGGACCAGAGGAUCCCGAGGAUGUGGCCUCCUCUCCGAAGUAUGCGUGGAGCGUCCGUGGUGCUUCGGACGAGGAAGACGUCCAGGCGCCCCCGGUCAGGGAGAUGGACUCAGAGGAG